AUGUUUGACGGCAUUAUGGAAUACUUGAAAACUAACCGCUAUCCAUCUUUCAUCAAACUAACAACAGAUAAGGCAGCUGCGAAAAGUGAAUUCAGAAGAAAAUGCAGUAUGUUCUUCUUGGACAAGAAUGGCGAUCUGAUCCAGGGUAGAGCUGCCGGCGUUCACCGAAAUGUAUUACGUCGCGGAGAACUCGCUACAGUUUUCCAUUUUAUACACGAGGCGCUAGGACACUGCAGUGCUGAUGUUUGGAUAUAUGGAAGUGCGGAGAUGGAGGACGUCUUGGAAAAGCUUCAUGUGGCAUUCGUUCAUUGUGCCGUCAAUAAUCUUGUACUCGCGGUGCUGGUUUUGCAAGACAGAAGGAAGGAGAAAACAUCGCUUCCCGGUUACGAGUACGACGUGAUAGUACAGGGUGAUAUUAAUGAUCCUUCGCGAAAUUUCGUAAUUAAACCUCGCGGAAUAUCGCCUGAAGAAGCCGAACAGUUUAUGACUUCUGUGCUAGGAUCAUGUGAUGGCACUAUUACUUUGGAGGAAGCCGCAACUAUGGCCGAUACGUCAAACGAGGUGAGUACAGAGACUUUGGCUUUUUUCAGUAUAGGUUAA